GCGGCAGUGGCUCUCGUCUGCCGGAUUUUGGGCGCCAGGAGCUCUGGAGCUCCAUUCGUGCCGGCCACGGGUUCGGUCUCCCUUUUCAUGCUUGGUGGGAUCACCGCCUGCUGGCUUGCCCGCGUGCUCGGGCUGCCAGCGCACGCAGUGGCUACCCCGCUCUUCCUCUCUUCUUCCCUGCUGGUGAAUCCGCAGUGCGCUUCAUUGAAGAUGUCACUACGAUUGUGCAGGCGCACGCCAAUUCCACCUGGCAGCACGCGAAGAAUGAACGUCGUCGGCAAUACCGCGAUACCCUGGCGGAGGACGCGUCCGACUCCGGCCGGCUGUGCUGGAAGGCCACACGGCCUCCUACCAGCGCAAUGGGCUCCAUGUUGCAGGCUGCUGAUGGGGCGUGGCUCACUGAACCGCACCAGAUCGACUGCGAGAUUUGGUCUCAAUGGCACCCCAUCCACGGACGCCACUCUGGCGGGGAGGAUUGGAGCCACGCUCGCGCCUUCAUUGAUGCCAACAUCCAGCGGCAUGAAGGCCUUGAUCUUGCUCUCUCGGUUGCUGAGCUCCGUGGAGCUUGCAAGCGCAUGGCUGCCCGCACCUCUGUCUAUGCUUGUGGUUGGCGCCCCCGGGAGCUUGCUGUUUUGCCUGAUGCCUUCCUGCAGGCGUUGAUCGAUUUGUUCGCCAUGUUCAUGCAAAAACGCCAGUGGCCGAGAUUGUUGCUUUUCUGUUGCAUCUCUCUCAUCCCCAAGCAUGAGCAGGCGACCACUGCGGCAGACCUGCGUCCCAUUGCCGUCUUCAGUGUCGUCUACAGAGCUUGGUCGAGCGCCAUUGCCCGCAAGUUGCUUAUGUGGUCCCGCGCACGAUUCUUACCCCCAGGCAUCAAAGGCGGUGUCCCUGGGCAGGAACCGGCGGACUGCUUUCUUGAAGUGGUUUUCGAGCUCGAGUCUGCCUCGGUUGACGGGGUCGCCCUGGCGGGGGGCACCGCUGAUGUGACCAAUUUUUUUGACAGGAUUCCCCGUGCCUUGGUGAGUUACCUGUGCAUUAAGCUUGGCGUGCCCGUUGAUUUCGUUCAGGCGUGGAUGGACCAUCUCUGUUCUACAGUCCGUUUCUUUCGCGUGUGUGGCGGCAUCGGAGUCGGCAGGCGCACCACCACUGGUUUCCCCCAAGGCGACGCCCUGUCGGUCAUCGCCUCCAUUUUGGUGACAUACGUCUUCCAUGUCAUGGCACAGGUGGAGGGCGUGAGCGCCUCGUUGAUGAUUUGGGCUGACAACUUCCAGUGGCUCAGCCGCACUGCUUCGCAAGUCCCCGUGGCUUUCUCCUGCCUUGAGCGGUUCUGCCGCCAAUGGGACAUGCAGCUCAAACCCAGUGCCUGUUGGACCUGGUCCUCUGGCCCCGGAGCUGCUGGCAGGACUGCGAAGACGGAGGCAAGGUACACGGCCGCUGAUGGCACCAUGGUCCCUCACAGGGGUCACGCGCGUGAGCUCGGUGCUCACCUGAAUUAUGGCCAUGCCCGUGCGGCUCCGACCAUGGUUGAGCGUGCUCGCAAGGUCGAGUGCCUCAUCGCCGAGGCCGCUGCAGACUACGCAUCCCUCCGCGCCGCUGCUGCUCGCCCAGAGCUGGCAGCUUUGGGGCGCAUUGACGUGGCCACCACGUUGGACUACAGCCGCGACCUUGGGGACCUGGCUGCUGGCACUCUCUUCGCGUGCCUCACUGGGCUUGUCUACACCCAGAAGGAUUUCGCGAAGAUCGCCGGGGACGAGGUCGAUGCUAUCCGCCCUUGUGGUGCCGAGUUCGAGAAACUCUCUCACAGGUAUCGCCGCUGCUUCAUGCACAACGCGGAGCGGGGGGCCAUCCCGGAGAUCGCUGACCCCGCGCAGGUGGACGAUGCCCUCGCCACGUUCGGCAUUGUGCAGACUACGGAUGCUGAGCGCGAUUUUUGGGCGCACUUGGAGAGCUGCGUCCCCACGGCUCCGCCGGCGGCGGAGUGGUCUUUCGUGCGUACAUGGCUGACGGGGCGCUCCAGUGGCACCGUUGGUGCUCUCCUCUCCCGGGCCUUGUUCAAACGAUCACUCGUGCUGAACUGUGCUCCCCUGGGCAUGCUGGCGACCACCGUGAACCACGACUUCCGGGUCUGGACCGACAACAAGUCUGUGGUGGACGAGGCCCAGGCCUGUGUCGCCACGGCUGGCCGCGGCUUGCCCGGUUGCUACGCUGCCCGGCCGAACGGCGACUUCCGGCAGCUGUUUGACGACGCCCUCCGCGCCCGCCCCGGCAGGCGCGUGGUGGUGACGAAGGUCAAGGCCCACACAGAGUUCACUGAUGCCCGCACGGUGAUGGACGCUUAUCUCUGGGAUGGGAAUGACAGGGCCGACGCUGCUGCCAAGCGGGGCCGGUCCGCGCACGACUACGCUGGCUUCUG